UUGCGCGAACAAGGGCGGAAACACAGCGCGGUGACGGAUGGGUAAACUCACCGACAUACAGGAAGAAAAAGACGAGGCUCAGUCUGCUGUGCGAAGCUGCUCCCUGCUGUCCCCCCCCUCCCUUUACCGCGGAUACACGGCGAUAUAAAGGACCAAAUCAGUGCUUGACCAGUUUUAUCAGGUAUGGCAGAGUUGGCGAGUCUGGUGCAGCGGCUGGAGCUGGCGGUGGGCCGCCUGGAGGCCAUGUCAGGCCCUGGAGGCAGCACUGGAGAUUCUGCUGGGGGAGCUGUAUCAGUGUACGUGGAGGCCUUUGACAAGAUCGUCAGCGGUCCGGUGGCCCAGUACUUUUCCCUCAGCCAGCAGAUAGGGGGCGAUGUCAAGAAACAUGCAGAAAUGAUGAAGCAGGCAUUCUCCUGUCAGAGACAACUCCUCAUAACGGCCUCAUCCUCCCAGAAGCCCUCUGAUGCAGUUUUGACGACUCUCCUGCAGCCAGUGUCUAAAGCGAUCCAGCAGGUGCAGGCUUUCCGCGAGCAGAACCGCACCUCUCCACACUUCAACCACCUCUCUGCCGUCAGCGAGAGUGUCCCUGCCCUUGGAUGGGUCGCCAUGGCUCCUAAACCAUGCCCCUAUGUUAAAGAGAUGCAGGAUGCCGCCAUGUUCUACACCAACCGUGUGCUCAAGGAAUACAAGGAGAAGGACAAGACACAUGUGGACUGGGUGAAGGCCUACGUCUCCAUCUGGACUGAGCUGCAAAACUACAUCAAACAGCACCACACCACCGGACUGACCUGGAGCAAGAGUGGUCCCAUGGCUUCAGCCACUGCAGCGCCUCCCAGUGCUCCUGCUGGUGGAUGUCCUCCCCCACCUCCACCUGGACCUCCUCCUCCCCCCAUGGACUUGAGCGAACCCUCUGGCGGCGGCGGCGGUGGCUCUGGUGCUGAUAAUCGUAACGCUUUGUUCGCCUCAAUCAACAAGGGAUCUGACAUCACCAGGGGCCUGAAGCAUGUGAGUGAUGACGAGAAGACUCACAAGAAUCCCGCCCUGAGGGGUCAGGGCACUGCAGUGCGUACCGGACCCAAACCCUUCACUACUUCCACCCCCCGACCUGCUGUGUCUGCCCCCCCGACCCGCACUCUGCCCCCUGUGUUGGAGCUGGAGGGGAAGAAGUGGAAAGUGGAGAACCAGGAGGGAGUGCAGGACCUGGUGAUCAGCCAAACUGAGCUGAAGCAGGUGGUUUACGCUUUCAAGUGUAACAAGAGCACCCUGCAGGUCAAGGGCAAAAUCAACUCCAUCACUGUAGACAAUUGUAAGAAAAUGGGCCUGGUGUUUGAUGAUGUUGUGGGAAUCAUAGAGGUCAUCAACUGCAAGGAUGUCAAGGUCCAGGUCAUGGGUAAGGUCCCCACCAUCUCCAUCAACAAGACGGAAGGUUGCCAUGUUUACCUGAGCAAAGACUCCUUGGCCUGCGAGAUCAUCAGCGCCAAGAGCUCAGAGAUGAACAUCCUGGUACCCCAAAAAGACGGAGAGUUUACCGAGCUUCCUGUUCCCGAGCAGUUCAAGACCAUCUGGGACGGCCAGAAGCUCGUCACCACAGCAACAGAGAUCGCCGGCUAGACAGGGGCAGCGUAUUAAAUGGCCGCCCCUCCUUGACACCAUCCCCACCCCUUUUUUUUGCAAACGCCUACCUGACUGAUCGACCACCCCACCAACUAACUCUCACACUGUAGACUGAGAUUCGGACCUCAUGCGUUAUAUCUCCCGCCCUGCUUCCUUGUCAGCCAAUCACAGCUUAAGCUGUCCCUUCCAUAAGCCAAUGAGAGGACUGCUCGCUUUACCUGGCGCAAAUCCUCCAGCCAAUCAGCAGGGAGCAGCUUGUCAUUCAAAUUGGGUUUUCCCCUGUGGGCCAGUGAGCACAAAACGUUGACGAGUUUUGCCAAUAGCCGGGAAGCUCUGUAUGAUUUUUAAAUAUCUGGAUAAUGCUAAGCUAAAUUUAACAUGUAGAAAUGCAGAAUAGCCAACAUGAGAACAGGGAUGUUGAUUCCUCUGCAACAAAAGCACUGUAGCCAAUCAGGCUCUACUAUCAGGAUGCUUCAGGUUUUCUUUUUCUUUUUUCCUCUUCCUGGUCAGGAGGGACUGGUGUGGUGUUAUUUUUUUUUUUUUUUUUAAGUUGUGGCCUGAUAGGUUUGUUUCGUUAUAUGCAAUUCACUGGUGAAGCACUUGUCAAAAAAAGCCCUAUUUCAGAGGAUAAUGGCAUCCGCUGGUGUCGACUUUUAAAAUUAUUAACAUUCAUAGAGUUGUCAGCACUCUGAGAACAUAACUAGGAGUAAAAACGCGUUGUGCGCAAAACCACUAUUUCACAGCAUGAAACUCUUCAUCUAGAUGGCGCUGAAGCAGUUUUAAAAUAGCAGGAAAAAAUUAAAACUCCUCGUGCUUUCCCUCAAACCCACACAUAGAACAUUCCUGAGUAUCAAAAACAUUCCAUACAAGGAGGCAUGUAAGAAAAAGUCUGCGGUGAAGAGCGAAGAGAUGUUGAUACAAAGUGGAGGAGUAGGUAAAUGACACAGGUAAGAGACUGAAAGCCAUAAACAUUGGUUGUUGUUGAACACUUCACCUCAGUCUCUAGAUUGGAAAUAUCUGCUGUAAUCAUCUGUAUAAAUAUGAAUAAUUAUUAAAACGGUCUUAAAUAUUAGCCCUCACCAUCAACAUCUCUCUACUCACGCCAAGCCAUGUCUGCACUCUUUGGUUAUCGUCAGCUCUUGUAGCUGUGAAGCUCUUUGCUGAAAAUUUUUAUUUUAAUUUUUUUUUUCAAUAUUGUCUCUUUCUUUUACCUCUUUAUUUUUUGGGUCCGAAGUCUGCUCAUUAGUACUGGAGACGUCAUUAAAAAUGUUGCAAAAAAUGAA